AAUGAAUAUUUCUUUGGAAAAAGUUACUUCGCAUAAGACUGAGCAUAACACAACCUGGCAAUUAACGAAGAUAAGUGAGUUAGUUUUCAUUAAUCAAAGAAACUUAUGCGCCUACGGGAAGAAGAAGAAAAAGACAGGAAAAGAUAUUUCAUACAAAAGGACGAUGGAAAAUAGGGUAUUAAAGAGGUAUGAAGAAGAACAAAGAAAGAAGAAAGUUGGAAAAAAAUUGAAAAUAAAAGUUGAGAAUAAACUGGACGGUAUCGUCCGUAAAGAUAGUCAAAAGAAAGCGUGA